AUGCAAGAGAAGCAAGACCAAGUCAGCGCAGAUUUCGCGCAAGUGAUCGCUACCAAGGCAGAAGAACUGGGUGAAAUCGAACAAAAGUUAAAUGAGAUGCUCUCACGCACCGAAUGUGAAAUGCAAAAGCAGACAGCUGAUCAAAUGGAAAUAGAAAACAUUCAGAAAAGUUUCGAAAAACUAUACGAAUCUAUCGAAGAGGUUGAGGUAAUACCAGAGAUGAACCGCCGUCUACGUGAUGAACGGGAUGAAGCAUUGCAUGAACACCGCCUAAAGGAUUUAAUCACUCAGGGCAGUCUACAAGAUGAGGUGAACGAGGUGUUUGGACGGGAAACUGAGUCCGCCCAGUGUCAGGCAGUCAACGGAGUUGUUGUUUCGGACAAAGUUCUCACUGGGAACAAAGUGGAAUGCAGGUUUGUUGUAUCAGUUCCAAAUUUAGAAGUGCAUUGCAGUUCCUUUGAACCGGAACAGUCCCGAGGAGACUCGUUAUUACAAUCCAUGAAAGAAGAAGUUUUCAGUGAGGAUUAUGAAUUCGAUGACACAUGGCUGGACGAGGAACACAGAGCGAAUAUUCUCACAGUAAAAGACGAGACAGUCAAACAGCCAUCAAAUCAAUUUUCACAUUCAGUCAAUGUGGGCGAACACAUCAGCAAAGUUCAUGAUGACAGUGAUGGCGUCAUGUAUAUGGAUAUGACAAUCAACCAAGGAAAGCACUCGAUCAGGAGAGAUGAAACGAGUAAUAUGUUCACAUUCAAAAUUCUUCUCCUCAGUCAGAAUGGCUCGGGAAAGACCGCGAUUCUGGACAAGGCGUUCUGCUCAGUCACUUAUCCAGCGGUGCAAAAGUCUUCCCCAAUCAAUUUGUGCAGCACCACAUAUGCAAUCAAUCAGAUCGAUGUUGUGUUCAAUAUUUGGGAGUUCCCUGUUGAGAACCAUAAAAUCGAUGAAGAUAUGUGA